AUGGUCAGUCCAACAAUUGCGCAGCCGGAUAGCAGUCUCGCUGGUUCCAGCGUCAGCAAUGUGAAUCUGAUCAAACCUACUAGUGCGAAAUUAAUAACUACCGAAACAGAAAUUAAUCGGUCGAUUACUAUUCGAUCACCCGUUCCAGAAUCACCAAAAGAACAAAUUAACAAUAACGAAGAAUUUGAGGAACAUUCUCAAGAAAUUGAACAGCCUCCCAAAAAAAUUAUACCUCCUCCUGCUCCCAUACCUUCUGUAAAUGUAUGGCAAGUAAGAAUGAAUGCUAAAAAGGUAACUGAAGUUACCUCCAACGGUAUUGAUAAAGAAAAAGAAGUUGUGAAUAAUGGAAAAAAGAUUGAAACUCGAGAAAUUGAUCAAAAGGAACAACCGGAUGAUAACAAGAGAUUCUCAAAGAAAGAAUCAAAAAAAUCAAAACCCCCCCCAAUAUUACCACCUUUGGAAGAUCAAACAAGUUGGCCUGCACCAGCAGAAGUUUUAAUUAAAGAUAAAGAAAAGGAACAUGUUGAUUCUUCUGAAAAGAAACAACCUAAUGAUAAUGUGACCAAAAAAGAAGAGAGUCCCAAAAGAGGUAAAGGUAAAUGGAUCCCAUAUACCCCGAUUAUUACACACAACACACCGUUGCCUAAUCAUGAUCGGACAAAACCUCGACGUCGUAGUGAAGAUCAUUCUGGAUUGCGGGAACACAGAUCUAGUGAAAAGGUUAUAAAUACGGAAACAGUGACUCAUACAGUACCAAAUAACAAUAAUCCAAAUAGACGUCGUGCUAGUGUUCCCACACCAACAAGAGAAUAUAACCGACGUUAUUCACAAUCUGGUGACAAUCAUAUUGGACAUCACUCUAAUGGAGGGUCAUCAUAUCGCGGCGGUAGAAGGGGAGGAAGAGGUCGUUCUUAUAAUGGUACUCGGGGACCCCCUCGUUCUGCAUCCGCGCCUUAUACAUCUGGUUAUGUUCAACAAUAUAACAAUAUGUACGGUACAAAAAUUGGUGUAGUCUAUGAUAUCGAAAUUUUAAAAUUUUAUAUUUUACAACAAAUAGAAUAUUAUUUUAGCCUUGACAACCUUUGCAAGGAUAUAUAUUUACGGAAUAAUAUGGAUAUGGAGGGUUAUGUUCCAAUUGCUUUAUUAGCCGGAUUUAACAGAGUUAAGGCUCUUACGAUGGACUUGGAUCUUGUUCGUGAGGCUCUUCUUAAUAGUUACAUCGUUGAGGUUAAUGAAGACAAAGUCAGGAAACGUGAAGGAUGGGAUUUCUGGCUAUUGCCAAAACAUGUAUUUGAACAACAAGUUAUGGAGGACUUCAAUAAUAAUGGUCAAACAACAACCACAAUAACUGACGCUGUUAAUAAUUUACAACAAUCACCACAAAAUGUGCUGUCACUACAAAGCGAACAAUCACGACAAUAUGAGACACAUACAGAUAAAAAUUACAUAGCAUUGGAUGAAGACAAGGAAAAUCGGGAGAUGCCAAUCAUUCCCGAAGGUUCAUCUGAAAAUGGUUCACCCGUUUCAAACCCCUGGAUUGUACAAACUAAAAAACGACGCACAUCAUCUUCACCUACAAAUAAACUUUCUCGUGAAAUUCCAAAGCAAGUUAUAUCAAAUAAUGAUGAUGAACUUUUUCAAUUUGAUGAAGAUUGGACUGGUGAUUCAAGAAACAAUACAGUACAGAAAUAUUAUGCCACUUCAGAAGAGGACGAGGACGAUGAUGAAUUUGAUGAUGACACUGUUGCCAGUAUUUUGAUAGUAACACAGAAAAAGAAAGACAAGAGCCAUGUUCAAUAUGAGAGAAAGGCCAUGAAUGACGAGAUUGGUGAAAUGAUUAACGAAGGGCUUUAUCAUUAUGAACAUGAUAUUCACAAACAAAAAUGUUCAGGUAGUUUUAUUGGUACGAAAAAAGUGGACAUUGUUAGUGAGGAACAGUUUGCAUCAAUAGUUUCUUCAGCCAAAUCAAAAGAUGGGCUUUCAGGAGCCAAUAUAUCGAAUAAAGCUGUUACAGAAAGUGAAAAGAAAAGCAAGAAAAAAUCGACUCGUUUCUGGCCUGUUAAAGGUGCUCCGCAAGGACACAAUUCCAAUGCUAAAAAUAAUCAUAAAAAUGUACCAGAUACUCGUCAAUAUUUUGCACAAGAUGCUGUUGGUUGGGUGCUUGGUGAUCAACCUUACCAUCCUCCGGAAGGAUCAUCACCAGUAAACUCGCCUUUAAGUCAUAGUAAUGGAGUGACUUAUAGUUGUUCUGAGCAACUGUCAUCUUCUGUUGACUUGGCGCGUUCAUUUCCUUCCUUCCAACAUCCGAGUCAUGAACUUUUACGUGAAAAUGGGUUCAUUCAGCAUAAAUAUUACAAAUAUCACGCCAAGGCUUUGAAAGAACGCAAGCGCCAAGGCGUUGGCCAAUCUCAGGAAAUGAAUACACUCUUCAGAUUUUGGUCACACUUUUUGCGUGAGCAUUUCAACAAACGCAUGUAUUCUGAGUUUAAGAAACUUGCAGUUGAAGAUUCUACCGCAAAUUAUCGUUAUGGUCUUGAAUGUUUAUUCCGAUUUUAUUCAUAUGGUCUUGAGAAAAAAUAUCGACAAGAUCUAUUCGAUGAUUUUCAAGAAUUGACCUUGAAUGAUUAUGAAAAUGGAUACCUCUAUGGACUUGAAAAAUUUUGGGCUUAUUUAUAUUAUAGAAAAGACAAAAAUACGAGAAAGAUUGAAGUCUGUGAGAAAUUGAAUCAAUAUGUUGAGAAUUAUAAGAACAUUGAUGACUUUAGAAUUGCACAUAAGCCUUCACACGUUCAUUCAACCAAUAACCACUACACAAAACCUCAAAAUCAACAAAAUCAAGGUCACAAUGUAACUAGUUCGUCUACUUCAAAUAAUGAAUUACCAACUUCUUCUUUAGGGAAUUCUUCUCAUCCUGUUGCUUCAGCCGAAAAUUUUCCCCCGUUGACAGUAACAGCAUCACGAUAA